AUGCCGGCUUACCAUAAUAGGAGAUCUAAAGUGAAAUGCGUCCACUCCGGAGUUCCGCCUUGCCAAAGAUGUCUGAAGUCGGAGCUCCAAGGAUGUUCUCUUAGCAGGCCGCCAAGUAAAACACCACAAAAGUCCAAGUCUCAGGCUAGCCGUAGAAGUCAGCCCUAUGAGCCCCGUCCAGCAUUUCUUCCGCUCGAUGAACGUGCAAGAUCUUGUCCGGGAACACCUGGUGCCACAGUCCAAUCUGAUAUACAAGAGUCAACCCCCGACAAAGCUUCUGUUGAUAGCCACCUGGCCAAUUUGUCUACGGAAGUCAUUCUCAAGUCUCUGCAUUGGUUCUCUGGCAAACAUCCAGAAUUUGCCAUACUGAAUCAUUCGGCUAUUUUGGAAGAGUUCCAUUCGACAUGCCCACCUGAAAGCAAGAUCUUGCUUGCUGCAAUAUUAGCCUCAGCCAGGGCCCAAUUCUCCCUUCUUGGUGCUCCUUGGGAGAAAGACCUGUUACCUAGGGAGCAUUAUGCUAUAUAUGCUCGAGAAAUGCUGUCCGAAUGGUCUUUCAAAGCUCCCAGGCUUCAGGUGGCCCAAGCCUCAUUGAUAAUGGGGCUGUAUGAAUGGGGUAUUCGAGAAUUUCACCGAGCAUGGAUUCAUUGCGGAAUUGCAAUACGGAUUAUACAAGCACUCAACAGCUUCAGGGUCUCCCCGUACCCGCUCGAUCCAACUCCACCUUACCUGCGCGAUGCUGUGUCAGUUGCCAUCGAAAAUAGAACUUUCUGGGCCUGUUUUAUCAUGGACCGGAUGGUCAGUUCCGGGACCUACAAUCCGCCUAUGCUCCCGAUGUCGGAAAUGGAAAAACUCAAAGUUUCCACCCCGUUGAGUGCGGUGGACUUCCUGUUUGGGCCUGAUCUCUCCUCUGAGCGCACAGGUCUAGACCAUAAGCUAGUGACCGCGCAGGAUGGGCAGACUGCGCCUCUGGACAUCACGCAAUCUUACAAAGUGCUGGUCUAUGGCUUUGAUAUCUGGGCCCACAUCAUGACCUUCAUUUUCAAUGACGGCCGACGCGCACCGGGGAUGUGUGCUCCACAGAACUGUCCUUGGGCGCCUGGAUCGCCUUGGUCGAAAACUCAUUUCCGCCUCGAAGAAUGGAGGGCUACACAGCACCACCGACUCCAUUAUCCGGAAAACAGCGUCAUAACUCACACCACUCUAGGAUGGGGGGAAUCCUUCACUUACAUCAAUCUGCUAUACUAUACCUCAACUCUAAUGCUUCACCGCGAAUACUUCCCUUUCCUACCUAAAGCUGGCACUGUCCCCUGCGGUCCAAUCGACCAGCCAACCCUCGAGGCCGAGGCACCGCCGGGUUGGUGGGACAAUAGUGCCCUAGUGCUUUUCGGGUCAGCCGAAAAGAUUGCCAAGUUGUUGCAUGACGCAUCUGAGUGUGGCGGAGAGAUGCUGACCCCGUUCGUGGGAUUCUGUGCUUUCUCCGCGGCAUACAUGAAUCUUUAUGCUUUCCGGUUUCCGCAGAUGAACAUGGGCCGAAGUUCAAAUGCAGAGAGAAAUUUGAAUUAUUGUCUCGCCUAUCUAGAGAGAUUCCGACAUGUUUGGAAGCUUGGCGAAAGCUGGAUAACGACUAUUAACCAUGCAUCGAUUUUGUACCAACGAGCUGCCUCUGACAAUUCUCGAUAUCAAGGGAAGACGAGGACGGACUUUAAUGUCCUGCAUCAGUCCUUACACGAGUUCCGUGUCCCUGAUCGGUCCGAUCAACAUCUUCAAGAGAUUGAGGGUGCUGAAAGAGCUGUGGUACCACCAUCACCUCCUAAUAAUGCAGCUGCAGCGACGAAUGAAUCCGAGAUCUUGGAUUUGGACAUGCCGCUCAACAAUCUGCUAAGUGAGGUCAAUGCAUACGCCCAUGAGCAGGGCAUGUGGUCACACUGGUGGCCACCAUUAGACGAAGUGAAUCUGGCACAUCCUCCGGAAUGA